AUGACAUUGUUCGCGGUCAUCACCAUCAUCCUGGGAUGCUUUAAAAUUGGCUACUUCGUUGGAUUCUCUGAAUGUUUAUCAGCCACUGAAGGCGUCUUCCCUGUCACACACGCAGCACAUACUCUGGUCCAGGUGUAUUUUCUUUGGGGGCAUGCCAAGGAUAUCAUCCAGUCUUUCAAAACCCUGGAAAGGUUUGGGGUGAUCCACUCGGUGUUCACUAACCUGCUUCUGUGGACCAAUGGUGUCCUGAAUGAGUCAAAGCACCAACUUAAUGAACAUAAAGAACGUCUCAUCACGCUGGGCUUCGGGAACGUCACAAUAGUCUUGGACGACCACACGCCUCCGUGUAACUGCUCGCUCCCGACGCUCUGCUCGGCCAUCUCACGCGGGAUCUACUACCUCUAUCCCUUCAACAUAGAGUAUCAGAUCCUGGCUUCCAUGAUGCUCUACGUCCUGUGGAAAAACAUCGGACGCAAAGUUGACGGCCACCAGCAUCAGAGCGUGCGGUUCAAGUUCCGCGGGGUCGUGGCGGGCUCGGUCCUGGGCCUGAGCGCGCUGGCCGCCACGAUCGGGGUCGUGGUGGUGUAUCUGAUUCAGAUCGGGCGCUCCAAAUCCAAGAGCGAGUCGGCACUCAUCAUGUUCUACCUGUAUGCCAUCGCCUUGCUGAUACUCAUGGGGGCCGCCGGGCUGCUUGGCAUCCGGAUUUACAGGAUAGACCAGAAAUCGCUGGAUGAGUCCAGAAGCCCGGCCCGCAAACUGGAUGCCGACCUCUUGGUGGGCACCGCCUCCAGCUCCUCGCUCAUCUCCUGGGGUUCCAUCUUGGCCGUGCUCUGUGCCGAAGCCUGCCCCCGCUACACCUGGUUCAACCUGCCCUACUCCGUCCUGAUGAUUGUUGAGAAAUACGUCCAGAACCUCUUCAUCAUUGAGUCUAUCCACCGAGAGCCGGAGACGCUGUCUGAGGACAUCAGAACCCUGCGAAUGGUCACCGUCUGCGGCGGCAAUGCCAUGCCCCUCUCGUCUUCCGGCCUCAGGAACGGGGCUGUGGCCGGGGACGCGGCUUCCCCAGGCGGCGAGAUGCUCCGCGCGGCCAACGGAAACACGUGUCUGAGAGAAGGCUGUGGCGUAGAGGGGGGCGAGGGGAGUCGGGAAGGGACCCCGGGCCCCGCCUGCCACCCCGGUUUCUUGCAGGGCGACGGCAAGAGGAGCGUCUUGAGGAACAUCGCAGCCUUUCUGUUCCUCUGCAAUAUUUCGCUCUGGGUCCCUCCCGCCUUCGGCUGCCGCCCCGAGUACGACAACGGAUUAGAGGAGAUUGUCUUUGGCUUUGAACCCUGGAUCAUUGUGGUCAACCUGGCCAUGCCUUUUUCUAUUUUCUACCGAAUGCACGCAGCUGCCUCUCUCUUUGAGGUCUAUUGUAAGGUAUAG